AUGCCUGAGUCCGAAAGUAAUAAUUUUUCGGGCCGCAUUAUCAUCUUUACCGCAAUCUACGACGCUGUUCGCUUUGCCCUUCCCUCCACGAGGAAAGAAAGCACAAAUAAAGCAGCAUCGAAGAGAUGCGAGAAGAUGACUGCGCUCGCGCUCUCACGCACCCCAGUCCUCUUCAUCUCUGGCGAACCCCGCCGUCGAUUCGCCGCCCACUUCUCUCGUAGGAGUCAGAAAAUCGCCGCCCUCAGACGUACUUCGAUCCCCCGGCACUUGGCAGGGUUAUCGAAUGGGAGGAAGCCGAGGCGACGGGAUAGAGGGGGAGGGGUUUGGACGGAGGAGGAGUUGAAUGGGAGCUAUGAUUUGGAGGCGGAGAUCUAUGAAUUCAUGCAGAGGUCGGCGAAUCCGUUGGAUUUCCCGAGUAGAGAUGAUCUGAUAGCUGCUGGGAGGGGGGAUUUGGCGAGAGCCAUCGAGAAGGAAGGGGGUUGGCUUGCCUAUGGCUGGGAAUCGGAUGCGGAAGAAGAGGAGGGGACUGUCAGUAAGGUUACGGAUUUGGCCGGAGAGAGGCCGUGUGAAGAUUAUUCGAGAGUAUUUCAGAAUAGGAUGACUUCAGUCAAUGGUGAAGCUAAAGCUUGCUUGAAAACUGAUUCUGAGAAUUCUUCUGGUGCUUCUACGUCUGGGAGGCCAAUGAGCACUGCAGUUCCGCAGGAUUCUGGAAUCGAGGGUAUAUUGUGUCGUCUUGAGAAAGAACGGAGUUUAGCUUUUGGUUUUGUCUCUUCAAAGGAGAAAGAGGUGAUGGUUAAGAAGGAAGAGAGCCAGUCCAUGCAAAAAUUACAGUCCAUGAGGGCUGUAAGGCAUGGAUUUGGAAAUGUGGUUGGAAGCAUUGAAAGUACCAGAAUAUGUGACUCAUCAAACCUUGGAGAAGGUUUACAUCUUUACUCGAGCGUCCAAAAUUCUCAUCACGGAUCUUUAAUGAAUACCAAUAACAACUCUAAACCUGGUUCAUGGAGAGCAUGGAGUAUUCAAAGGUCAGGAGAUCCUCUGUCUAAUUUUGAAGCUGCUGAAAUUGUUUUUGAGGAAGACCGAAGGGAAUCAAACCUCAAGUUUGCUAGCCGCCAUUUAAUAGAAAUGGAGAAGAAAAAUGUAUCAGGGGGUCAAUUGGCGCCUGGAACAAGUAGUGGAAACAAUUGCCCUUAUGAUAAUGACCAGGGAAGUCUCAAAAGUGAAAUUUCCGUAAAUUUGCAGCACCUGGAAUUACAGCUAACUUCUGCACUUCAAUUACUUCAAUUCAGGAGUAACGGUAUUCAUUCAUACGAGGAUCAAGACCAAGAAAGCUUACUCAUGCGGCUGCAUAAUCUUUCCGAUGCAUUGGAAUUCCAGCAGAAUGAAAUAAAGAAUGCCAGAGAUAUAUUACGUUCAACAAGAGCUAAACUGGCUGUUAUGGAAGGCAAGAUAGCAAUUGAGGUCAUUGAAUCUCAAAAAGUUAUUGAAGAGAAACAAAAGAGACUGGCUGCUGCUGAAUGGUCCCUACGUAAUUUGAGCUCUGUUUGCAUAAUUUGGCCUAACUCUGCCUCUGAAGUUCUUUUGGCUGGGUCAUUUGAUGGAUGGACAAGUCAGUGGAGGAUGGAAAAGAACAAUUCCGGGCUAUUUUCUGUGUGCCUGAAGCUCUAUCCCGGACGCUAUGAGAUCAAAUUCAUUGUUGAUGGUGUUUGGGCCAUCGAUCCGAUUCGUCCUAUUUCCGACAAUAAUGGCUUUAAGAACAAUCUUCUUUUUGUCAGCUAAGUGCAUGACAUUGGUGCUUGUAAUUGAAAUUUUGUGGAUUGAUUAGUUAAAUCAUUCAAAUUUAGUUUUAUUAUUAUUUAUUUAUCAGUAAGAAGCUCUUUUUGUUACCACUGUAUUGUAUCUUUUUUCUUCUUGAUUUAUAUCAUGUAUCAACCUAAGCAUGUGCCAUGAAAUCCUUCAACACUCCCCAAACAUUUGAAUUUGAUUUUCUUUUAGUGGGCAUUUGCAUGCAUAUAAUUUUUAUGCU